GAGCCACAAGUACUGAUUGGAAAGGGCUCAGGUUGUUUCCAGGGGGAGAACUCUGCAGAGAAGAGACAAAGUUCAACAGGAUAACAAAGACGCAGCAGAAACAGCCAGGAAAACGGAGAGCCCUCACAGUACCACACAGAACCCCCUAUCAGAGUUCUCGGAUCCUAAAGUAUUCUGCCAAGGACCACUGAAACGGAACUUUUCACCUGACUUUGACUUUCGACGACCGCUAUGACUGAGAUCACUGCUGAAGGAAUUGCAUCUACAACCACAACGGUGAUAGACAACAAAAAUGGGUCCGUGCCCAAGUCCCCUGGGAAAGCGCUGAAGAGGACAGUCACAGAGGACAUAGUGACAACAUUCAGCUCCCCCGCAGCCUGGCUCCUGGUCAUUGCUCUCAUAAUCACAUGGUCAGCUGUCGCCGUGGUUAUGUUUGAUCUAGUGGAUUACAAAAACUUUUCAGCAAGCUCUAUUGCCAAGAUCGGCUCCGAUCCUCUAAAACUUGUACAUGACGCUGUGGAGGGAACCACAGACUGGGUCUACGGCUUCUUUUCUUUGUUGUCUGACAUCAUCUCAUCUGAUGGUGAUGAAGAAGAUGAUGCUGAGGAUGGGGACGAGGACACCGAGAAAGGAGAAAUAGAAGAACCGCCCUUGAGAAGCAAAGAAAUACACAAAGACAAGACUGAAAAGCUGGAGAAACCUGAAAGGAAAAUACAACUUAAAGUGACACAGAAAGAAAAAGAAAAAGAAAAGCCCAAAGGAAAAGAAAAAGGAAAGGACAAGGAAAAACCUCCAAAGAAAGCAACUCACAAGGAAAAAAUUGAGAAAAAAGAAAAGCCAGAAACUAAGACAACGGUGAAAGAAGAGAAGAAAGCUAAAACUAAGGAAAAAACUGAAGAAAAGACGAAAAAGGAAAUGAAAGGUGGGAAGCAGGAGAAAGCGAAGCAAACAAGUACCGACGUCAAAGAAGUCCAGGGAGCAUCUCCUAAAUCCAAAGACAAAGAGAGGGAUGGCAAGGGGACCGCAGCUGCGCCACAGCACGAACAGAAAGGUAAACGCUCCGAGGAGGCUGCAGCGAUGCGGUGAAAUAAAAAGACCCAAACCAGACUUCACACAGCCUUAACUAACUUACUGAAAUAAAUAUACCUGGAUGGAAAUAUAAUAAAUUUGGAAUUAGACUUUA